AUGGCGUAUGCGAUUAUAAAAUGGUGUGGUCGUGUCUUAUGGUUCAUCCUGUUCGAAAUUCAGCUUGGAGCCUUUGUGUUUUUCCAGUUCAUAGGACUUCUAAAUAGUGGGUGGUUGCAUUCAGUUUUGCAGCUCGUUGCUAUAGUUUUGGUUUUCCUCCUGUAUUUCUUCAUCGUUUCAGUGAUUAUUCUAGCAGAAGCGACAUGGAGUGAUGGAUUUAUUCUUCCCCAGUUAUUUUUUGGAUGGAAGUUGUACAUUGGCUUUGUUUUUGUGCCAAAUGUAAUGGGUAUAUUUGGUGGAUUUGCCGUUUAUAAGGCGGAAGAUUUACAAACAUCCGGUAUAAAUAGUUUAACGUUAACGGUAUGCGCAACACCUAUCCUGCUUCUGCUGUUGUUGAUCACCGCGGAUGAUUCGUUCAGCUCCAGAAGUCACAAAGAUCUUGUCCGGAAUUUAUCCAUCCUGAUGGUCAUUGAUCUCAUCGAUGGCAUUGAAAUGUUGGACAGUACUCUAAAAGGCAAUUCCUAUGGAAUUCACAAGAGCUUUCUGACCUUAGGCGCCGUAAUGAUCAUUGUUUUGUCAUCAUUCCAAAUGGCUGAAUACAAAUUCGUUCGAGGGGAGCUCAUCAUGGAGCAACCGAUUUACACAGCAAUCGUUACCCGCCAUAUUUUCGUGAUAAUCCUGAACUUGGUAUUCCUGAUCGUUCGUGUGAAGGUUUCCAGGCCCAUCUUAGUCAUCUUCAAGAACUGUAUUAUCAUAACAUUGUCUGUAAUACAAAUCUGCUCUCUGACAUAG